AUGCCAGUACCUCUUGACUGUGCAGGGGCUGAGUCCCAGUUGAGCCACACUCCUUUGCCAGUACCUGCCUUCUUCCGAGAAGCAGAAGGCAGCUUUUCAGUCAAGAGGGCCCGCCAGCCACUCAGCUAUACGCUUCCUCCACGGCCUCGCCACAAGAGCACGCUGACCGUGAGCCGGAUUUUCUCUGACCGCCGACUGCAGCCAUGGACCAAACUCCAACCGCGCAGUGUUUCCUUCCAUGGUGAACAGAAGCAACCGCCAACCCUGCGUAGCCAGCUGUACGAUGCCUCCAAAAGAGAGUUGUUUUUCAGGCAAUGUUUCCAGCAGCUGAGCCGUCUGGGGCGGGGAUCUUUUGGUGAAGUGUACAAGGUGCGCUGUCGGGAGGAUGGUCAGUUGUAUGCAGUGAAACGUUCUGUAGAACCAUUCCGCGGCGAGAGCGACAGGCAGCGCAAAUUGGCUGAGGUGCGCAAACACGAACGUGUGGGGCACCAUCCCAAUUGUGUGAGCUUCGUGCAGGCCUGGGAGGAGCGUGGGCAACUCUACAUCCAGACAGAGUUGUGCCCGGGCAGCCUGUUGCAGUACUGUGAGGAGUAUGGGCCGCUGCCCGAAUGGCAGGUGCGGGCCUUCCUCUGGGACUUGUUGCAGGGGCUGCGUCACUUACAUGACCGAAAUCUUUUGCACAUGGAUGUCAAGCCGGCUAACAUCUUCCUAUCAUCUAGCAACGUGUGCAAGCUGGGCGACUUUGGGCUCAUGCUGGAACUGGACUCUGGGGAUCUGAGUGAUGCUCAAGAAGGGGAUCCCCGCUACAUGGCCCCCGAGUUGCUCUCUGGAGAAUACGCCAAGGCUGCUGACGUCUUCAGCCUUGGCGUAACCAUCUUAGAGAUUGCCUGUAAUAUGGAGCUCCCCAAUGGGGGUGAAGGCUGGCAGCAGCUGCGACAGGGCUAUCUGCCUCCUGAAUUUACUGCAGGUCUCUCUGCUGAGCUGCGUACUCUUCUAACUGCUAUGUUGGAACCCAAUCAUCAGCUCCGGCCCUCAGUGGAGAUGCUGCUUGCUUCCAGCAUCAUGCAAAAGACUGAGAGGUGGCGGAAGCUGAUGCUGCUGACACACUCUGGGAUCCAGCAAGGAGUUUCCAUGUGCAAGACCUUCCUCAGGUUCAUGCAGUGGCUCUGGGGGGCUGUGUGCAGCCCGGCACACUGGCUGCUAUUUUGGCAUCAGAAUGUUCCAGUCACACCCCCACAUUCGCCCCUCCUCCCCCCUCUGGAAGAUAGCAGCCUAUCUAGUGACUGGGGAGAAGAGGAAGAAGAGAGCCUUGGUGAGGAUGUCUUUGAGCUAACAGAGACAGCUGGGUGUCACAACCACACUUGCCCUGCGGAGCUGCAGUCCUCACACAAACUGCCUGGUUUCCCACUGCUGAACAUACAGGCCUGUGCAGGAAGCACCUCCACACCACGGCAGUCCUCACCACAGACUGGUGGCAGGAAGAACAGGUCUUUGGGGCUCCGAGGCAGUCUCAACAUCAGCUGCAUCAGCCCAGAAUCCCCAAGCGGCAGCCCCACUUCAUCGGACUCAUUACCUGCAAAUAACCCGUGCCGCACGCUAGCGUUUGAAGACGAGGAGGAAGGCGAAUGGGAGGUAGUUGCUCCCCAGUGCUCAAAUCAGUGCUCCACUUUUGAACCCAAAAACCUGCUGAGCUUGUUUGAGGAUUCCAUAUCUGAGCAAAAGUGCCAGAGCUGAUGGGAACUCCGAUUCUUUAUUUACUGGUUUGCUUAGCCCCCCUUUGUUGGGUGCAUAGAGGAGUCCCUCCCACAAGUGUUACACACGUGGUCACUAUACUCAGAGGGGCUGGGCUGUGAUAUAGCGCGAAGUCUUGCAAAUAGGAGGCAGAAGAUCUAGGGGUGCUUCCCUGUGCGUAUCUUUGCUUGAGCCCUACAGUGAUGCUGUUUUUGAGAUGCAGGUUCUUUCCCUCAGGGGUUUAGAUCAGUGUCUUCUGGAAGGUAGUGGAAAGCAAGCAGAUCGUACUGGCAGAGGUCAUUUCAGGGGCAAGGAAGGGGUCCCUCUUUUAUAUGGGUAUGAGGGCUGAAUUCAUAAUGUACACGUUUUCUUUUUAAGUGUUGUCAGGAAUGUGCUGCCAUGCCUGGAAUUGGCUUGGGAAAUGGGGACUACUAACUUUCUCUCCUCCAACUGGGGCUUUUAUUAAAGUGGCAGCUGUAAGAUCUGACAA